UUUAGACUAAAGUUGAUAAUAUGAACGAGGAUCCGCACGAAGAACCUUCUAAGCCACCGGUCAACAAAACAUCUACCAUAUGGAAAGAAUUCUACGAGAAUUCCACACUUCAUGGGCUGCGGAAUAUGUUUGAAAGCGAAUAUUUAGUUUUUAGRCUUGUGUGGCUGGUUCUGGUGCUGUUGGCGCUCGGGUGGCUUAUUUUCUCUGGUAUUGGMAGCGUCCGGCGAUACUUUGAAUACCCGACCACCAUCAAUAUAAACGAAGAAGUAACAGUGAACGAAGGAUUGCGGUUACCGGCAGUUACAAUCUGCUCUCAAAACUUUGCCGAUAAGUACAAAAUAUACGCAAAAGAUAACGACACUAUUUUUAAAAUAUACAAUCUAAACAUCAGCGCAUGUGCAGCUACCGCUGAAGUACGUGCAGGACUGGGAGCACCUUGCGGGCUCGCUUUGGCAUGCGCUUUUGUCUCUCUGGAUAUUUUACAAGGCCAUCCAUUCAGUGAAUGCACACCAAGUUAUCAAAACAUCAUGAAAGAAGCCUUGAAGAAUGCAAAUGUCACUUUUAACAUGCUGGAGUUUAUUCAUACAUUUGGUGAAUCUUGGGGAGAAGUUGUUAAAUACUGCUUUUACGGUCUGGAUUCCAAUUCUUGCACCAGUGUGAAGAUUUUUAAGAAGGCCGUCAAGAACAACCGAUUAUGCCACAAACUGAACGAUGAUAGCAACAAGAGCUUGUCCUUCUAUAGUGAAGCCCCAGGAAGCAUCGGAGGAAUAACCCUUCUGCUUAAAAAUCGCCCCGAUCGCUAUUUUUAUCCUAGAUUUGUUGAGGGUUUCGUCGUUUAUAUUCACCAAGAAGGAGCGGGAUUCGGUGAUCAUGAAAUCAAUGUUCCACCAGGAAAGUUAACAUCAAUUGCAAUGGAACAAGAAAAGAUCAAAUUAAUAGAAGAAAAAGAUGGUGGUGACUGCCGAAAAAAAACUCUUCAGAGAUAUAAAACAUACACCCAAAUAGACUGCUACAACGAAUGUAUUAGCAACUCCAUUAAACAAAAAUGUGGAUGCACCAUCGCUCUGACAGCAGCGCAAAAUGAUUCCAUAAUUUGCAGCGCCAAACAACAGACCUGCGUGAACAGCAAUUCAAGAGCCAAGUCUUAUAAUGUAUGUGACUGUCCUUUGGCAUGUGAAGGAAUUAAUUAUAAAACGUCUGUCAGCUACGGUGYCAUGCCUAGAAAAAYAAYCACAGGAGUAUCACAAAUAUUCCCGGACGAUUACUCAGAAAAUGAUUUUCUGGCCAUCUCAGUGUUUUAUGGCAGCCAUCGUGUCGUGACAUUCACGCAGAAAAGGACAUUUGGGACGAUUUCACUUCUUGGWGAGAUCGGUGGUAACAUGGGACURCUUCUUGGCUGUAGUGUMAUCACACUUGUCGAGUUUCUGUUUUUGUUUGUCAAACUGYUGAUGAUGUGUUUUCGCAGACGAAUGGAAAACACAGUAGCAGGACGCGGCUGA